AAAUAGAUGGAUAGUUCGCCGGAACUGAUCCGCUGAGGUUCCAGGAGCGGCCGGUGACAUCAUAUUGAGCGGCGUGGUGGUGAGGUCAUGAAGUGUGAGAAGUCGGGGCGGCAUCAUCGGAGGAGAGUCUUAGUGUACCGUCCUUCCCCUGAGGAUUCUUCCAGCACAUUACCGUCCUUACAAAGAACAGGGCUUCAGCCCGAGGUCAGCCUUACCCAUGGGAAUCCAACGGAGCACAGAACCAGAAGCAAGAGAGUCCAGAGGACCGGUCCCUCUACCUCCCCAUGUGAAAGAGAAAACAAAAACAUACUCCGUCCAGGGCUUAGGGAUGCCUCCCAGGAGAUGGAGUCUCUACACAUGCAAUCUGACAGAGCAACCUGUAGCGAGGAGUGGACCCUGUGCAGCAGACUAAGGCCGGAGGGAGUAGGAGGCCACACGGAUGGAUCUGAAGAGGGUGCAUUCCAUACUCCGCCUUCAUGUUUCCCCGCUGUUCCUGGCCCCUCUACUCAUUCCUCACAAAUCCCUUCCCUGCCUUUACUUCUGCCUCCUCCCUCUGAACCAUCAUCUAAGUUACAAAGCUGGAGACUGGUCCCUCUUCUGCACAAUGUGCGUUCCAAACUGGAAAGCUUUGCUGAGAUAUUUCUCAGUCCCGUUAAGGGACGUAGGGACACCACCGCUGAACAAAUGGAGGAGAAAAUGGUGGAAGAUAAAGCAUUAGCUGCACCCCAGGAUAGAGGAGAACACAGAGAAACUAGAAAGGAAUCUCCAAAACCAGUAGUAGAUUUGAGUCCAAGGAGAAUGGGUUUGAGGUCUCUGUGUUUGACAGAUAACGGGGAAAAACAGAGUGGACCUUCAGGAGGUCUUGAGUGUUGUAAAGCUCAUCCAGCAGAACCUCUAGUAGGGCAUGAGAGUUAUGAGGCUGAACAAGGACUUCAUGGAGGGCAUGAGAGUUAUGAAGUUGAACAAGGACCUCAUGGAGGGCAUGAGAGUGCUGAGGCUGAACAAGGACCUCUAGGAGGGCAUGAGAGUAAGGCUGAACAAGGAGCUCAUGGAGGGCAUGAAUGUUGUAAGGUGGGACGUGGGUCUGAACACAGUGAAACAACGGAAAGAGAAAAGAUUUUGGGAAACCUUUUGGAGAAGUCUGCAGAGAGAGACUCUGGGAUCUAUAUUGAGGAUUGUAGUAAGGAGACAGAUCCUCCAGUGUCUGAAAGCAGCAUGAACAUUCAGCUAAAAAUUGCUGUUUCCAGUGCAGUGCCUACACUGUGUCGCCCCCCACUUCAACGUUGCCUAUCCUGUCCCACUUUGUCCCCGUCUCUUGCACUGCUUCCUCAUUGCUCAUCUGUUCCUCGGGGGAGGAGUCACAGUCUGGGCACAGGGGAAGACAGCAGAAAGUCCUGCCCACACACCCUUGCACAGCACAAUGCAUCCUCCAGGCCCAGGAUAAGAAGGCACAGUUUAGGCACAGUAGAGGAGUACAGACACUGGCCAUUAUUCCCUUUGUCUUUUUCUUGCCUGAAGAAGGAGCUGCAUCCUUUUCUCCUCUGCCACUCCAAUAUUGGGAAACAAUACCAUCUUGGCCACCUGAUGGCACAACACAGCCCUGAAAAUUCAUUACACAGUGAGCACUCCCUUCAUAGUCCCACCAGGAGUGAUAAUGGGUUGGAAAAAAUCUUCUUUACCAGCCCAGCUCACAGCAGAACCGAAUCGCAAACAGAAGCUUCACUGUCUGAUUCUGAGCUCAAGGACCCAGAAAGCUGGAAAGGCACCAAAGCCGGAAAAGUCUCCAACUUCCAAAUCCGAAAAAGACCCAUGAGGCAAGAGGGAAACUUAACACCAAUGGGUCUUCCCAAGCGUAUAAGGUUACAGAAGGAAGAAUUCAGCCUGGAAGAGAUCUACACAAAUAAAAAUUAUCAUACACCUACUGAGAAAAGGACAUUUGAGACCAUAUUUGAGGAACCAGUAAUGAAGGGGGGGAACCUGGUUUUGACAAGUCACCGUCCAUUGAAGCGAGUUAUUGUAUUUCGGGACUGUACUGUUGCCCCUCGUAGGCGCAAGAGAAAAGGGAAAGGUGGGGGGAGGGGGCGUAGAGGAGCCCCAAACACACAGGGAGACAAAGUUAACGUUGAUCUGUUGCUGCAGCACAAGCUGAGCCAACUGGAGGCUGAACUGGAGGAAGAAAUGAGCUGAGAGCAGCAACUCUGCAAAUCUCAUGUCUUACGGUUACUCCCUGACUACACAAUUGCUUCAUAUACUGUAGGUCAACUUUAAGAAAGAAACACUACUACUUACUUUGAUAGCAAAAAAACCCUCUGCUCCGGUCCACAAGCACCCCAUUGGUGACGUUAUCCGUCAAUAUGUAGGAGAUAUGGCUCCACCCCCAUCCUUACAUACAAGGGAAGCCGCCUCCCCCGUCUCUACUCCAUCCAGCCGUCCGCAAGUUCUUGCCCUUGUGAAUUGUACAUAGAUUUUCUGGAGAUUUGUUACAAGAUAGAGCAUCAUUUUAUAUCUAUAAAUAAAGUAUACUGAAGGUUGAAGAGCACACAGGAGAAGCAAGAAGAGUCCAGCAUUCCUCUGGCACUGCACUGAGCUUUUUGGGUGUUCUGUAGUUAUAAUAUUUACAGUAUUAGGAAACAGAAAAAAUAAUGCAUUAUAAAAUAUUGAUGUUUAUGCUUC